GCUCAACAACUACAACAACUACAACACAGUGGACACUUGCAUGUAGUCCAACUGGUCGUGGCAUUUCACUUUCUCUAAGUGACUCAACUCCAAGUUCAUGGACUCAAUAUCAAUUUACUUACACGGCGGCGACUACUUUAGCAGUUUUAUUGUUUGGAUUUCAGAAUGAAAAUAAUCGUAAAUAUUAUCUAGAUACAGUAUCUGUUGUUGAUAACAGUGCAAGCACAACUCAAUUGCUAAAGAACCCAGGCUUUGAAAGUUCAACAACAACACUAACAGAUUGGGUUCAAUAUUGUACGAGCACGUGUGGUUCGGCCCCUGGAACCAUUACUACUGGUUCAAAUUGCUAUUUAUCAACUGGCAGUUGCUAUGUCGACAACUGCUACGCUAGUACAGGUAUCGAUUUUCUCAGUCAAACAUUUACAGCAACAGUCGGGCAUACUUACACAGUUUCAUUUCGUUUGGUAUUAGGUGGCUCAGGUACUAGCGUUUCUAAUAGAUUUUAUGCUGAUGUGGUCUCCAUAUGA